AUGGCUCCCAGGAAAAAAGUCUGCGCACACCAAAAGCUCUGCGUCGACGUGUCGGAUCACGGCCGCAACGUAGUUGGCUUCGAAUGGAUACCCGCCGACAAGAGAGCAGCCGCGACGACGCGCUCAGGGAGGGCUACCGAGGCCGGGGGCUCCGCUCCGGAUGUAUCCACCUUUCCCGGCCCGCUCGUCCUCCCCGGCGACGAACUUGCUAUGAACCCGAAAUACCCGCCGCAGAGCCUGCGGUCCUGGGUGAACGGGGGCUACCGGAAUCCAAUCACGCCCGAGAGAAAGACGUUGUACGUCGUGGACUUGCCCGGCAUAGACGAGUCCGCGGGGUUCAUGAGGGAGUGGGCUGAGCCGGACAUUGACGAGUUCGUGGACCGCAAGGAGUUCCCCAGGUUGGAACAUCCCGAUGUGGGAGAUUUGAUGGCGUACCUCGGCGCUUUUUAUCAUCCGCUCCCGGUGAAGAAGCUGCCCACGCCGCUCAAGUUCGUAAGGUGGAACGACGGCAAGAAAGGCGAGGAGAAACCAUCCAUGGUCGGUCUCAUGAUGGGGUCUGAUAUCGCUGUGGGCAUACGAGCGAGGCCUUCGCCGGAUGAGAUUGCGAGGAUGCAGCUUAACCUCAACGAUCUCCUUGAUGCCCUCAGGAGUAUCCUCCCCAAGGGCGCCUAUGCUUCCGUGAUGGUCCUCGCGCACGACCUCUACGAGGACGAGGAUGAUGAUUUCUGCUGCGGGAGGGCGUACGGUGGUAGUAGGAUCUCGCUGGUGUCAAGUUUCCGGUACAGACCUGACCUGGACGCUGCGUUUGACGUCGAGAUUGAGCACAUGUGGCCUACUUCCCAUUGUGCUGCUUUCAUAGACGACUUUUGCAAGAGGAACGCAGAGGAGGAAGACGGGAAGGGGAAGAAGAGGAAACGCGCGGGUGGAAGUAAGGCUGCUUCUGAGGGAAACUCGCUGCUUGAUUUGAAAAAGACCCCGGGCACGCCUAUGGGAGCGGCCAUCUCCGAGUCGAAGAAGGUCCUCGUGCCCAAGACGAAGAAGGAUCAGCGUGGCAUGUGGUUCUCGAGGGUUGCGAGGACGGCGGCGCAUGAACUUGGACAUUGUUUUGGACUGGAUCAUUGUGUGUAUUAUGCUUGCGUUAUGCAGGGCACCGGAGGACUGGGAGAGGAUGCGAGGCAGCCUCCUUACUUCUGCCCUGUUUGCGAGGCGAAGCUCAUGUAUGGGCUUGGGGAGAUGGGGGUCGUUGAGGGGGGCAAGUUUGGGAAGUGGGAAGAGGCAAGGGAUAAGGAGGUCUUGAAGGAAAGGGUUGAAAUCAUGUGGGGUUUCUGUCAGGGUUGGAAGGGUGUAGGGAUGUUUGCGGGCUUCGGAGAGUGGUUGGAUGUGAGGCUGAAGGAGAUGUAA